AUGUGGUGGGAUACUACGGCGGACUGCUUCACAUAUAAACUGUCUUCACGCCACAAUGCUGAACUGCUGUCUGGUUGCAAACGACCGACAAAGCGUGAAGUAUUAAGAACCCUGAUGAUGGUCUUUGACCCAAUUGGAUUAAUCAGUCAUUUCCUAAUGUUUCUUCGAAGUCUACUGCAGGAGAUCUGGCGAGCCUCCGUGGAUUGGGACGAGGAGAUCCACGAUUCCCAUUAUGAGAAAUGGCUACUGUGGCUGAAGGUGCUUCCUCGGGUAUCGGAUAUCAAGAUUCCUCGCUGCUACCGGAACCUGACAUCUAUAGGAGGAGCUACUGUCGUACAAAUGCAUACUUUCGUGGAUGCCAGCGAAAAUGGUUUUGCAGCUGUGGUAUAUCUACGCUUUCAAGAGGGAGACAACGUGGACAUUGCAUUAGCCGGAGCAAAAACAAGAGUCGCGCCUCUAAAAUUUUUGUCAAUACCACGCUCUGAACUUCAAGCUGCUGUUAUUGGAGUAAGACUGGCAGACACAAUCUUGGGAUCUCUUUCGAUUAUGAUUCAUAAGCGCGUUUUCUGGACAGACUCCAGGGAUGUUAUGUGCUGGCUACACUCAGAUCAUCGUCGCUACAGUCAGUAUGUUGGAGUGCGGGUCAGCGAAAUUUUAGAAACAACAGAACUACGGGAAUGGCGAUGGGUUCCGACAAAAUUAAACUCGGCGGACGACGGGACCAAGUGGAAAAGCAUGCCCGAUCUAAGUUCGAGGAGUCGCUGGUUCCGUGGACCUGAUUUUCUAAAACAUCCUGAGGAGAAAUGGCCAGCAAAUACGCACUCUAUUGCUGUAAUCAACACAGAGCUUCGUUCACAUCUACACCUCCACUUUCAGGUUCACGAACCGAUUAUCGUAGUUAACAAAUUCAGCCAGUGGUUUCCUUUGCUGAGGACUACGGCAUACGUCUUCAGAGCCAUCAAGAAUAUGCGAGAAAAAAUACGGAAUACUCCUAAAGCAUACGGACCACUUACUCGUAGUGAGCUAAUCACAGCUGAAUGUUAUCUGUUCCAAGUAGCCCAAAGAAGUAUCUACGGAGAAGAGAUAGCCGUCCUGUCUGCAACUUCUUCUGAUCUUCGAAGAAAACCAGAAAAGCAACUACCUAAAAGCAGUCCUCUAUUUCGUCUCUGCCCCUUCGUCGACGAAAGAGGAAUCUUGAGGAUUCGUGGGAGAACCAAUGCUUGCCAAUACAUCGACAGGAACACCGCCAACCCUAUUAUUCUUCCUCGUGAACACGGCAUCACCAAACUCGUUGUGCUAGAUGUCCACCGUAGAUUCCUUCAUCAGAACCAUGAGAUCGUUAUAAAUGAACUGAAGCAACGAUACUACAUCCCAAGAGUAAAAGCCGUUUACAAAUCGAUCCGGAAUAACUGCCAAGUUUGCAAGAACGAAAGAGCUCGUCCGCAACCACCGCUAAUGGCUGACUUGCCACCGUCACGCCUCGCAGCCUACAGUCGGCCGUUCAGCCACAUGGGGGUGGAUUAUUUCGGGCCAAUGAUGGUAUCCGUUGGCCGUCGAGUGGAGAAACGCUGGGGGGUCCUGGCGACAUGUCUUACCGUACGUGCCAUACACUUGGAAAUAGCACACUCACUUACAACUGACUCGUGUAUUAUGGCCCUACGCAACGUGAUAAAUAGAAGAGGCAUACCUUUCGCCAUCUAUAGCGAUCGUGGUACAAACUUCGUGGGAGCCAAUAAAGAACUGUUGAAGGCCAUUGAAGAAUUGAACCAAAACGCAAUCGUCGCAGCAUUCACUUCACCGCACACAACAUGGAGCUGUAACCCACCCCUAUCUCCACAUAUGGGCGGAGCUUGGGAGAGGCUGAUUCGUACAGUCAAGCAAAAAUUAGGAAGAAUCCAAACAAGUCGUUUUCCAUCAGAUGAGGCUUUGCGGAGUGCUCUGAUAGAGGUGGAGUAUAUUGUGAACUCGAGACCUUUGACAGAGAUCCCUUUCGAUGAUGACUUGUCUCCCGUGCUGACUCCUAACCACUUCAUCAUGGGAUCAUCAAGUGGAGCUCUUCCGUGGACAAGCUUCGAUGACAACCCUGAUCAACUGAAGCAGUAUUGGCGCAUAUCCCAGAGCAUGGCGAAUCAAUUCUGGAGGCAAUGGCUGCACGACUACCUUCCAUCAUUAACCCGUAGAGCGAAAUGGUUCGCGAGAGUGAAGCCUGUUGAAGUCAACGACAUCGUUGUUAUAGCUGACUCAAAGUUUCCACGCAACUACUGGCCAAAGGGAAGAGUGAUUGCCACCAAGGUAGCUGCGGACGGUCAGGUUCGAUGGGCUACGGUGCAAACUUCCACUGGGAUAUACGAGCGACCAUCAGUUAAGCUCGCAGUGCUUGACGUUGGCGUUGCAGAAAAUACACUUCAGACGAAUCUUCGGCGUAUUGAUGGGGGGAGUGUUAAAUGCGCAACGUCAACUAGCGAUCUCACUACGCCCCUGGUCUAA